GUCCUCAUUUCGGUCCCUUAUCUAUUAUUUGUGUUUGUGUCUGUGGCUGUGGCUGUGGCUGUGGUCUCCGAUUUCACAGGCAUGGCCGCCACGCUCUCCCUCCUCAAGCUUCCCCCCACUCUUCCUCCGAAUCACAUCCACCGCUCUAAACUAUUUCCCAUUUGCUGCAACACUCGAAAACCUCAAACGCAGCAUCAGCAGCAGCACCCUCCUCCGAAGUUGCUCCACGACGCAAUUCUCACCCUCAAAUCAGCUUCUCUUCCACUCACCGCACUCGCAUUGCCCUUCUUUCUCGAUCCCCAGAAUGCAGCUGCAGCCGGAGGGGAGUUUGGGAUUCUCGAGGGUAGGUCAUUCGCGUUGAUUCAUCCAAUCGUAAUGAGUGGCCUGUUUUUAUACACGCUGUACGCCGGAUACCUUGGAUGGCAGUGGAGGAGGGUUCGCACUAUACAGGAGGAAAUAAAUCAGCUAAAGAAGCAAGUGCAACCUGCCGCGGUAACGCCUGAUGGCAGCCUACCUCCCGAACCACCGAAACCAUCGCCUGCUGAGCUCAAGAUUCAGCAGCUCACCGAGGAAAGAAAAGACCUGAUCAAGGGAUCAUACAGAGAUAAGCACUUUAAUGCUGGCUCCAUUUUGCUCGGAUUUGGGGUGUUUGAAUCUGUGUUUGGAGGGUUAAACACCUGGUUCAGGACUGGAAAGUUAUUCCCAGGACCCCAUUUAUUUUCCGGUGCAGCAAUUACAGUUCUAUGGGCAGCAGCUGCAGCAUUAGUCCCUGCAAUGCAGAAGGGAAGUGAAACUGCCAGAAAUCUCCACAUUGCGCUCAACGUGUUGAAUGUGACUCUUUUCAUUUGGCAGAUUCCUACUGGAAUUGAGAUUGUCUUCAAGGUUUUUGAAUUCACUCAGUGGCCUUGAAAUCGACUAUUUCCUGUAUUUGGAUUGCUCCUUGUUGUAAGUUAAUUUGUAUCUAAUAAUUUUCUGUCCACUGAUAUAUUCCACAUAGAAGGCAAUGAAAUAUCUAUGUAUAUUCCCUUUAA